AUGAAGCCAGCGCUCAAGGCUGGCAAUCUCUCUGGUAGCCCAUCUCUUCUAAGUCGAUCUAUAUGCUUUCGGAUCAUCAACUCUACCAUCCCGGGACACGCUCUUGGUCCUAUAAUGGAGACCAGCACGACGGAAACGGACUUGAAUUCGGGCGCGACGUCGUCAGCAGCCCCGCGUGAUCAGUCCAGCAUAAGAGAUCCGGACGGAAAUUGGGUGCAGCAUCACCAACAGUCCCGCCUGAUCAGUCAAAGUCUGUCUACCAACUUGAAACCGCGCACGCACUGGACAAGACUUGCCCAAAUCCUUCGAACAGAUUUACCCCCUCAAUCCAACCGCACACAGGUAGCCCUCGCACGCGCUUCAGGGAUCAAAAUGCGCAUCGUUCGACGACAGCCUCGAGAAGGCUAUUCUGGAUCUUUCCCAUCACGGCAAGCAGUGGAGAAACGGCCUCCACUCACCCACCCCCGUCUUGCGACACCACGAGCCGUAAAAGGGUCAUCGAAAAAAGGCCAUGGAAUGGCGCGGGCACCGAUGCGACCCUUCAGGCCGGUUCGUCGGCCCAGGGUGGCGGACCCCUCUGCAACGAUACUCACCGUAAGUUUGCAGCCUGCCGUGACGGAAUCGGUACCGCGCUGA